AUGAUGGUGGGUGCAUUUUUCUCAUUCAUUACCCACACCCACACCCUUGGAAUAGAACAAGUCCAUGGUAAAACUGUUGAUCAUUGGUAUUCUCAUGAACAUGAAUAUUGGAGUGAAGUUAAUGAACCAUUUAAUGGUGUUCGUUAUUCAGGACCAAAUUUUAAAACACCACGUCAAUUCACGGACUAUGAUGUUUGGCAAAUUGAACCGCAAAAUCCAAGUCUUUUUGAUUUACCAAAGAAUGUUGAUUGUACUCAACCUUGCCCAUAA